AAACCUCAUAUUAGUAAAAAUGGCUUCAUUCAAAACAGAAGAGCCAGAAUUUAAGAAUCUCUAUCUACGUGACAGAUCUCUUUUCUCGUGUCAACAGUCUCUACCUCUUCAAAAUAAUAUUCAACACCAGUAUUAUAAUAAUAUGAUACUGGUUAAUAUUAUUAACCAGCUUCAACAUGAUUUAUACUACCAACCACAUAUUAACCAUCGUCAAAAUUUCCAUCAUAAUAAUUUCUCAACUCAUCAAAAUAAUCAACCACAAUUUAAUGAUCCAUCUAUUGAACAAUUAGUUAAUGUUUUUCGCUAG